AUGGCCGAGAAUAUACUUCCUGCCAACAUCAUUGGUGCUGAUCCAACCUGCCUUGUGAUUACUCCUAAUCUGACAGCUUUCAAUCAGUUUACCACAACUGGAUCAAUCUCAUAUAUGCAAUGUGCCAGCAGCAAUUGCUUGCCUUCUACCUGCAUAUCAGUGUCAGAGAUACAUGAUAUUGCCACAACUCCAUCACCUGAAUGUGGGACCUAUUUUCAUACUCUUACAAUGUCAAAAACCUUGUCACCAACAGCUCUGGAUGCCACCAAUACGAAAUCAGGCGUCGCCUCGUUUGCCUCGGCUCUUUAUGCAUCUGCAGAUAUCUCUUUAGAUAAACCAGGUUUUGCAGGAUGUCAAGGUUCACCGUCAGCUGGGCUAGUGCACUAUCUGUUUGAAAGUUGUACACAGGCAAACGCAACAUAUUGGAUAAAGACAGUCUUCACUCCCAUUGGGCAACAGACAUUCACAUACAACUUUUGCACUUCUUCCGGGUGUGAUUCUGGCUGUUUCAACGUAGGUAGAAUUAGCAAACCAGCUCCCCCCAAUCGACUUAGUUGUGUUACAGGAAAACAUGCAGAUAUUAUUACCACUUCUGCAACUCCGCUUAAAGAUACAAGCGAGUAUAUGCGUUCAAACCCCUCAAACAUUUGGCCAUACAGUGAAAUUAAUACUACCGAGCCUAUAGAUCCUUCCAAUCCUCCUAUGAUUUAUGAUGGAAAUGCUACCAACUUGGGCAAACCUGAUGGCUUAGCCUCCAACGCAUCAUCGCUUAGUAUUACAGUCGUUUCUGGGAUUGUUAUUGGGUGCGUUUUAUUUAUUUGUGCAUGUGCUACAGUUGCUAUAGUUUAUAUUCGUAGAAAUAAAACUGGCCGCGCAAAUCGAGAUAAUCCAUUAAAACGCCAACCCAAGUCGAUCCAUCCACCUACUCAACUGUACGAGUCAACAAGGCGGUAUCGCAACAAGUCGAAAAACUUUUUGGCAAUUGGUAGAAGCAAAACUCUCGCUUCUUUUCAAACACCACGAUCGGCAGCAUCACCGGUUGCGCUACAGCAUCUAUCUAAUGCACCUUUGCAAUCAAAAACAUCUUAUACAAAUGAUGCAUUCUAUACCAACCCAUCUCUUCCUUCCAACCCUGCGUACAGUGAUAGUAAUGCCUUGCCAAGUCGUCUUGAAAAAUCACCCUUUAGACCCUCUUCAAUUGCAUCGUCACAUCUCUCACCUGAUCUAUAUACAACUCCGCUUACCGAGCCUUUACCACAAUUGAAGCCAUACCAAAGAAACACAGAUUACGCGAUUCCCUCGACAAAUACGUCUCAGCUGUCGGAUGGCUCGUCGGCUGCGUAUGGCCCUGUACUGCACAAUUCAAUGUAUUCUUACUUGACCAGUCCAAGCAGCCCACCAGAUCUAAGACCUACUUUACCACAUCCUGUUCGUGGUUAUUUACAAAGUUCACAGUCUGGUCAUAUAAAGCCCACAUUAUAUGAUGAGUGUAUAGACUAUUCAGAGGGAACAAUGUCGGAAUUUUAA